AUGUCACCCGCUGAGCAACAUUUGGCUGCGCCCCAUGCCGCCGCCGCAGCCGCCGCCGCAGCGAGUGGCAGUGACGACUAUCACAAUGCUGCCAGCACCAGUGAUGAUAAAUUGCGAGAUAUAUCGGACAAGUAUUAUAUGGUAAUCGCACAUUUUCUCUCCGGUUCCGGCAACGUCAAUGGCACCGUGGAUUUUGAUAAUUUCAACGGACCGCUGCUUAAGGCGAGCGUCAAGUCUGUCUAUUGGCUCUUCCUCAUACAAUAUGCAGCGCUGGCUUUGUUGGGAAUUAUACUGAACAUUGUCAUUAUCGUGUACAUUAUGUACCAUCGUCUUUACAAGGAUGUUACGCAUGCGUUCAUCAUUAAUUUGGCAUUUUGCCAUUUCAUUCAAUGUGCUUUGGUGUUGCCUGUUUCGCUGAUGGUUAUGCUUAUACAAAACUGGAUAUUUGGACAAUUUUUAUGCUUCUUUCUACCCAUGCUGCAGGAUAUACCUUUACAUGUGGCCAUGAUAUCGCAUAUACUGAUUGCUUGGGAUCGCAUGCGUUGGCUAAAUGAUCCGCUAAAGGGUCGUUUGCCUGGGUUUGUUUGCUGCUGUGCCACUUGGUUAACUGGAAUGGUGAUUGCUUUGCCCUAUCCCAUUUACACAUUCUACUUGGAGCUUGGGCGCAUUAUGCCCCAAUUAGCCGGCAUUGGACUUUGCGUUGUAAAUUUGAUGGAUGACAUGCACGAAUAUACGCGCGGACUUUUUCUCCUUAUGUACUGCGGUCCGGCCAUACUCUUAUCAUAUUUGUAUAUACGUACCUCGCAGGAAUUGCGCCCUCCCGAUGGUCCCUUUGCCGUUAUGAUGUAUGAGCAUCGUGCCGAUCUGCGCAUACGUCAAAGAAACUCUUCCACUUCUUCGGCGGAGCCACGCACCCACAGCGGGGGCGGUGUUGCUGGCCUCAGCAAUGGCAAUAGCACCGCCAAUCGCUCCUAUGAUCUCUACAGUGCCGAACUGGACGUGCAUCGCGAAAGGCGCAAGCAGCGUAAUUUUGGCAGCAUGGCUGCCACACAGGUAGUCUGUGUCUGCCCCUUGAUGAUACUGAGAUUCGCACGUUUCUCGUUAGAGGAAACCUACGAGAAUCAAAAACAUUUUGACUUUACAUAUUUGAUGUUUGUAUGGAUCGCUUUUUUGCCUACUGUCAUCUUUCCUUGUAUAUAUGCAUCGCAAAUUUUGCCCAGAGAUGAACAAGAGCGUCUACGAGGCUAUUUUCGCUUGUCAUCAAAGCGCAAGACAAAAGCACGACGCAGCGAUGCGGGUACCACUUCUCGCGAAGACUCCAUCGAGAAGGAUGAGCAUACAAAUACAACCAGCAUAGCGGGUCAUGGUCCGGCUCAGCUGCAACACGAGGCACCCAAGCAGCAGUCCCAGGUGCAUAGCACAUCACUGCGGCAUGAACGUGGCUCGGGACAAGGUCCAGGUGUUGGUACAAGUUGCGGUGAGCGCACUAGAAUUGGCCAUAAAGACAACAGAGAUCGCGAGCGAGAUAGAGAGCGACAGCGUGGCGGCCGUGGCCAUGGAGCUGGCGAUGCAGGUGUGGUCAACAAUCUGGGGAAACAAAUGCGCAGCAAGAAGCAUGAUGUUAAAAUAAAUAUUAUAUCCGAUGGCAGUCAAGCGCAAGGCCGCAAGCAUAUGUUGCAGCACAGUGGCAGCAAUAGCAACAACAGCAGCCGCUUGAAGGCAACACAAGCGCGCCACAAACUGGCUACCGACUGCAUGUCUACCCCAAACGAUUCUGUGCCCAACUUGACCGCCUCGAACUAUUUCAGUGGCAACAACAACAACAGUGUGUUGCUGGAUGACAGCAGCACCAGCAACUAUGGGGAUGGUGAGGAGAGCAGCGUUGUCAGCAGCAUGAUCCACACGCCGCAACGUUGGCCGCUACGCCACAAGGACAUAUCGUUUAGCGAAUGCAGCAGCACCUAUUCCAGCAGCACACUGGAGCGCGAUCUUGAGAUUAUCGAUCUAUUAGAGCGCGAGCGCAGCAUGGACAUACAAGAGAUGCUGCAACGCGAGCAGCAUGGCGAAAAGGUGCGCCCCACUGUCGGAAGACAGCUGCCCGAUAUUGAAAAGUUGUAUGCGCAACGCUCGCCGAAAGCCAAGCGUAGUGACUGCUAUGGCUAUGACAAGGCAGCCUUGGCGCUGGUAAUGCCUGGCAGUGAUCCUCUAAGCUUGACACUCUCGUGCAGCAGCAGCAGCAGCAGCACCAGCCAACCCACAGAGUAUAGUCUGAGCUCAGCGCAACAAGAUCAACAGCAUCAUCAUCAUCAGCAGCAGCAUCAUCAUCAUCAUCAUCAGCAGCAGCAGCAGCAGCUGCAGCAACAAUUGGCUAUGGAACAGUCGGUAGUCGGUAACUCAACCCUGACUGAGGUGCAGGAGGAGGAGGAGGAGGUGCCAGAAGAUUUUUAUGACAGCUAUACACCUGGUGGCAGCAAUACGUUGCCGACGGCAAUGCAAGUUGCCAAUGCAACAGCAGCAGCAGCAGCAGCAGCGGCAGCGGCAGCAACGCCUGUAUAUCAGUAUCAGUAUACGCGACGCUUAAGCCGCAAAAGCUCCAGCGUCGGCUCGCAUCAUGUUGCUGGCGUUGGCUCAACGCGCAACUCCAAACGCGACAGCUUCAAUUCUCUUAAUGGCACCGAUCUCAUCGCAGGCGCUUUUUGUGAGUUGGACCCAACGCAGCCGUUGAACAAAAUGACCGGACUGGAUGGACGCAUGCGUCGCAGUAGUCCGCGCAAUGCUAGCUUUGGUUCUAGCUCAGCGCGCAGCUCGCUCAAGUCGCGUGAUUAUGGCCAUGGCUCUACGCACUCAGCGCAUCCGGAACUCGAUUUCAGGGAGAAUAUUUUUGCCGAGCUAUAAGCUUAGUACAAAGAAAUACUAACAAAUGUUUUCUGUUAUUGUUAGACAUUGUAAUUUUCGUUUAAGAACGUUAACGUUUAUAAGAUGCGUGCCUAAGGUAUGAGAAUGAAUGUUUUAUAUAGUAAAUUGUAUAUUUAUAAUUUCGUAUUUA